GAGUUUCAUCCUCCAGGUUACGACCACUCCCUAGUGACGACUGUGAUGAGGGAAGAUAUGAAGAAGGGUCUUGAAGAAUGCAUGAAACAUAAACAUAUAAUAUUAUCAGAAAGAGUACCGUUGAAUGGUAAAGUCUCAGAAAUAACAAAAGAGAGUGACACGAAUGCAGAGGAACGUAUAGUGGGAGGUAGGAACGCGACCUGCGAAGAGUUCCCGCAUCAAGUCAGCUUUGUCGUAAACAACUCAUAUUUCUGCGGAGGAUUUAUCAUCAGCGAUCAGUACAUACUGACCGCGGCACAUUGCGCACAAGAGGUCGACCCAUCGACAGUUGUGAUGAGAAUUGGCAGCACAUGGAGAAAGAAUGGUACCAAAGUGACGGUCACAGAAGUCAUUCCCUACCCGGAGUACAACAAUCCACCUUACGACAAGGACGUAGCUGUUAUGAAGAUAUCUGAGCCGUUGCAGUUUGACGCAUGCACUCAGCCAAUUGCGCUGCCUGCUAAAGGGUUAUCAGCUAGCUAUGGCGAGGUUAUCACAGUUAGUGGAUGGGGACGUACUAAGCAAGGUGUUACCAUGAUUCCUGACAGAUUGAUGGCAGUAAACCUGACUGUGGUGAACCACACGCUUUGUCGGGCGGCUUACCUACCCCUCUCUAUCACUGAGAACAUGCUGUGCGCAGGAAAUUUCUUUCUAGGAGGACAGAGCACUUGUCAGGGCGAUUCCGGUGGCAUUGGUGCGAUCAACAAUGUAGCGCGCGGCAUCGUGUCAUUCGGCCGGGGCUGCGGUCAGCCGCUCGCUCCGAGUGUAUUCACAGAUAUCUCCGCGCCGGAUAUGAGAGACUUCAUCACCAAGCAUACCGGACUGUAG